AUGAAAGUUUAUUUUGAUUUAUCAGAAAGUAAUAAUAUUUAUAAUAGCAGAGUAUUAAAAUUGUCAGGAACCUUGUUAAAAGUUAGAUGAUGGUGAGAUUUGCAAAAAAAUUUUGAGAAAAUAUUUGAUGAUUAUACUAAAUUACUUUAAUAUAGAUAUGAAGGAGAUAAAAAAUAAUUGA